AAAAGCCCGUCACGGCGCGUCCUAGUCAAAUCCCUGUAAACUGUAGCCCACAGGGGCCUCGGUUCAAUAUUUGGCUCUCUCUCUCUCUCUCCUGGCCCCAAUGGACCCUUUCAUCUUCUCGAACCGCCGUUCAACCGUGUUUCAAUGACACACGGUAAUAUCGAUCCCCCAGCACCGACUGGCGACUUUGGUCUGCCUUCAUCCACCAAGCGGGUUUGCACUUCGCCCAAUGAGCUCGACUCCGGGCGGCGGAACUGAUGGGAACAGAAGGCCCUCAGCCUGGCGCUAUGCUAGAAACGUCUGGCGGCGGCAGAGGCACUCCAGUUCCGCUGCGACUCGGCUCUAUCACCACACCCUCCCUCCCCUCCCCCCUCCCCUGCAGGCACCGCCAGACCCUCCACCCAUGAAAUAAUCCCACGCUUUUGCACACUUUUGCCUAGACUUUGGGGGGAGUGGUCCUGAACGCGGGUCGAGAC